AUGAAUGGGUACGACGCUAUGUGCUCAGACAUGGCUACCAACCCCGAAGCUGUCAUUUUCCGGAAAUUCACCAUCCUAAACUACCGCGCCCUGUUGUUGCUCCAGAGUGAACUAAAUCAGAAGGAGGGUCGUCUCGUCUCCUUGAUCAAACAUGACCAGAACUCCCUCGACCCGGAACGAAGGCAAUUCUCGUACAGCUUCGAUGCCAUGCUGAGAUCCAAUGGCGAGACCGAGGAUGAAUUGCUCCUCCAAAACCGCCAGCUCGGCCACCUCCCUCCCGUCCACGAACCCAGCCUCAAGCGCCUCCGAGAGGCCCAAAUGAGCGCGCAAGGGGGCAACAGGUUCCUCCGCGGCCGCGAGCAGCGGAUCUGGAGCGAGAAAAAGCAGUACGAUCUCACAUCCCUGACGGAUCGGCAGGAGGACAGAGACCCGCUCUCGUCGUGGCUGGAGUGGUGCAUCACAGAUGUCUGGCACAAGUACUUUGGCCACAAACUCUCUCCCCCAAAACCCGUCGAUGAGGAUUGGGCACCGGCCGUGCCGAGCAAGCUGGGCCAGUACCCACGAUCACUCAUUGCGAGAGUCGUCACCGGCGUCACCACGAUCCUCGCGCCCAUCUUCGUGACGCUCUCGGCCGUCGUCUUGUUCUUUGUCGACAGCGAGUCCAAGCGCCUGGGCCUCAUCGUCGGGUUGAGCUUCCUCUUCAGCCUCGCGCUGGCUUGCGUCGGGGUGCCACGCAGGAUCGAUUCGUUUGUCGCCACGGCUACCUUCACCGCUGUGCUAAUUGUUUUUAUCGAGAACAACACAGACUGA